CCUGCAGGUGGGGGGGGCGGGGCCAGGGGCUUGACGUCACCUCUUCCUGUUUACUGCCGCCGUGCAACGUUCCUGUGUGUCACUCAAGUGUCCCCCGGGUGUGUCCCGAUCCUGUCCCCUGAGGCCAUGGAGCCCCGUGAGCUGCUGGAGGCACUGGUGGAUGUGGUGGCCACACUUGGUGAGCUGGCAGCCACUGUGGCUGGACCAUACAGGGAUGUGCUGCUGAGCGUGCACCCAAAAGCCCUGUACACAGCCCUGGAGACCUUCAUUGAUCACCUCAGGGACACCCUGGACCAGGGAGGUAGCACCCUGAAGCGCCCCGGUGUUGCCUCCCUGGGCCAGGCCCUGGAUGCCUUUAGGGCCAACCUGGGGGCCACCUGGGCCCAUGUGACAGCCGCAGCCAGUGCCUGGUGGGACCCGGUGGCUACACUUGAGGACAGCUGGGCCCGGCUGGCCCGAGAGGCCACCGAGCUCCGGGACGCCUGCAGGGAUGCGGCCACUGCCGAGGCCACCACUGCGGCCACCAGCAGCGCCCUGGCUGGAGACCUGCAGGACAAGGCCACCCGCUGCGUGAGAGCUCGGGACAACCUGGUGGCCAAAGCCUGGCAGCCGCUGCUGGCCCUGGCUAAGGAGAAGAUGGCCUCGGCGGAGGCUGCGCACGAGGCCCGGCUGGAGGCAGCCACCAAUGAGUUGGUGGCGGCCACUGAGGCCAGGAUAGAAGCUCAGGUGGCCACCAGUGCGGGGAGGGCGGCCACCAGGAGGGCACAGCGGGCAGAAGCAGCCCUCGGGCUGCUCGAGCGCUUGGUGGCUGCGUGUGACAAAGCCACCGCGUUCCCCCGUGAGCUGCAGUGUUGGCUUAGGGACAUCGAGGCCGCCCUGAAGGGGACAAAUGAGGCAUCCCCUGAUGUCCCUGAGGCCUUGGUGGCUGUAGUGGCCAAGGUCGAGCGGCUGUGGGAGGCCAGCGCCCGCCUGGCCACACGUCACCUGCUGGGAACACUUGGGGACAUCCGCAGGCUUCUCUCGAGUUCCGCUGGUGGCCCUGGUGGCCUCAGUGGCCGUGCGGUGGCCAAGCAGUGCCAAAAAGCCAUCGAGGACAUCCCAACGCUGCUGCGGGGACAGUGAUGUCACCACUGUGAUGCCAUCAAGGGUGGUAAAAUCACUGGGGACAUCACUGGUGUCACCUGUCCACUCCCUCCUCCCUGCCAGAGAUUUGAGACGAGUUUGGGGAAUUUUCUGGGAAUUUUCAUUACAUUUGCCCCAAAUCCUGAUGGGAAUUCCUGGGGUCAUGUCACUGGGGUUGCUCUUGGUUCACUCUGGGGCCACUCAGGGCCACUCAGCGGUGGGUUGGGGGGAUGAAUGAAGCAGCUUUCCACCAUGGGUACAGCAGACUGUUUAUCAAGCCUCCUCAAAAACCUUCAGGUCCCUUUCCCUCCCUGGGCAGUUUCACCUCCAAUGCCCAAUUUCCCUGUGCUGGUGACAGAUUGAGCCUCAGCUGUUCAAUUGCCCUUUUCCCUUUUAGGGCCUCUGCCCCAGGGAGCUCUGUCCCAUUCUCCUCCCCCUGGUCCCGUUUGCCUUGCCCUGACAGGGUCUCACUUCCCCCUGGGGGUGGCUCCUUGCACGCGGGUUCCCCUCAUCAAUAGUGGCUCCAUUAUCUUUGCUUUCCCCUUGGCUUUCUCCUCAUUCCUCCCUCCGUACAUUGACCUUUUGGGCUUCCUUUAACAGGUCAUUCAAUCCCUUAUCCUGCCAUUCCCCCAGUCUUGCAGCUUUUCCUUAUAUCCAGCCAAGCAUUCAUGACAAAUGUUAUUUUCAAUAAAGCUUGUCCAGCUAUUGUAUCAGUCUGUA